AGCGCCACAUGAGAAUGGGAACUAAUCGACAAUAUAUUUCAGACGUACACUCAAUCGUAACCAGUCUCUCGAGUUUUCAACACGCGUUCAUCAUGGCAUCCGCCGAAGAACUCAGUGUCUCUGCCCUUGUAUACGAUUAUUUAUUGAAAAAGGACGCAUCGCUGGCAAAAGUUUUCCAGAAAAAAACGAAAGCGCCUGAGUUGCCAAAAGGUGCACCAACUAUACAGGAUGUAUUUAAUCACUUUCAAAAAACAUCGUCAAAAAAAUUAAACAUAAAGAGACAAGCUAAAGAUUCGAGUUCUGAUACAAGUUCGGAGAGUGAAGAGGAGGCACCAAAGAAGGUGCCCACACAAAUAAAUGGUAAAUCUACAGUUAAUGCUGUAGUAAAUAAUAAGCAAAAAGAAUCUUCUUCAGAAGAUAGUUCCAACGAAGAUCAAGAUUCUACGUCAAAAGCAACUACAAAAAUUAAAGGUAUUGUCAAACCAUUAUCUAAACCACCAACUGUAAAGAAAAAAGAAAGUUCAGAUGAUAGUUCAUCGGAAGAGGAUACAGGUAAAACACAACCUAAAAUAACAUCAACACCAAAAGUAACUAAAACACAAGAAUCUUCAGAUUCAGAGUCUGAUUCAGAUGGAGAGGAAUCUAAAGUAAAUGUAACUACAAAAACAGCUAAAAAACCAGUUAUUCCAGCCAGUAAAAAGAAGGAAUCAUCAAGCGAUAGCAGCAGUGUUGGUGAAGACAAAAGUCCAGUUAAACCAUUAUUAAAGAAUGUACCAGCUAAAACAAAAACAUCAUCUAACAAAGAAAAAUCCAGUAGUGAUGAUUCUGAUGAUUCUUCUGAGGAAGAAAAGACUAAACCUCAGCCAUCAAUUAAAACUAAGCCAGUUACAAAACAACAGAAAUCUUCAAGCGAUGAUUCUGAGGAUUCGUCAGAAGAAGAAACUAAUACAAAGACACCAGUUGCUAAACCUAUUCAAAAUAAAAAGAAACAAGAAAAAACUACUCAACAAAAGAAAAAAGUAGGAUCUAUUUCAGAAAAGAAAGAAACAUCAAAACCAGAAACUCAAAAUAAAAAUUUACCAACAAAAUCAGUAGUAACGGUAACAAAAGAUUCAUCAUCUGAUGAAGAUAGUAGUGAGGAAGAAGCACCACAAACCAAAAAACCUGCUCCUCCAGCAAAAGUAGCUCCAGCUAAAAGAAAGGAAACUUCUAGCGAAGAUAGCAGCGAUGAAAGCAGUGAACCACCAACUAAGAAACUUGCUGCUUCACAAACACCAGUAGCUGUAAAGAGCACACCAGCUAAGAAAGAAAAAUCUUCCUCCAGUAAAGAUAGCAAGGAACCUGCUCCUGCUAAAUCAAUAACAUCUGUAUCUAAGAAAGCACAAUCUUCUAGUGAAGACUCUGAUGAUUCUGAUGAGAACGACAAGUCAGUUACAAAAGCAACAAAGAAACCUGUGGUACAAUCAGCUGCAAAGAAAGCUGAGUCUAGUUCUGAAGAUUCAGAUGAAUCUUCUGAAGAUGAAAAAUUACCAUCUGCAGUUACAAAAGCAGUAACAAAAACUAGUAAAAAGAAGUCUAGUGAAGAUUCUAGCGAAAAUUCAGAUUCGUCAGAUGAUGAAAAACCUCAAACACCUACUGUUAAAACUACUUCAAAACAACCAGCUAAAGAAAAUUCAGAGGGCAGCAAUUCUGAUAAGGAAACGCAAAAGAAAAAAGAAAUACAAAAUACACCUAAAGCUCAGAAAAGAAAACACGAAGAAGGAGAGGAAAAUGAAGAUAAGCCUCCUGCGAAAGCUCAGAAAAAUAAUUACAGUAAUUUUGUAAAGGCAAACGAUAGCUUCAAUAAUGACAAGCAAUCCAAAAAAACUCCAUUUCGUCGUGUAAAGGACGAAGAGAUAAAAUUGGAUCCCAAAUUGGCAAACAAUUCUUUUGAGGCAAAGGAGGACAGUCAGGAGGAAGGUGGUUUUAAGAAACAUAGUGGAAGGGGUGGAUUUAGUAGAGGCAGAGACAAUUUUGGUCGCGGUGGAUUCAGGGGUGGACGUAAUAAUGAUGGUGAUAGAGAUAGAGGUUUUGGUCGCGGUGGAUUCAGGGGUGGACGUAAUAAUGGUGGUGAUAGGGAUAGAGGUUUUGGUCGCGGUGGUCAUGAUAGAGGAGGAAGAGGUGGUUUUAGAGGUGGUUUCAGGGGCGGUCGAGGAAAUUUUAGAGGUGGUUUCGAUGGUAGAAGAUCAUGGGGUGGGAAUGAUAGGAAAUUCGAUUCGGAAGGCGGUAAAACUGACGGGUUUAAAAAAUCAUGGGGUAGCAACGAAAAUAGAAGAGAUAGUCACGGUGAGUUUAGAGGAGGCAAAGAGGAUUUUGACAAAAGGAGAUCAUUCGAUAGCGCGCCAGUAAAAAAUAAAAAGAUAACGUUUGACGAUUGAUAAUGGUAAAAAUUAUAUAUAUAAGAAGGGUGCUCGUGGAUCGUGGGGAGAAAAAGCAAAUGAAGCCUUCAAAUUCACGAGAGGAAAGAAGUUUCGUCAC